AAUAUAUUUUAUGUGUUUGUAUAAAUAAAGAGAGAUGAAGGUUGCCUUGUUUAAAAACUGAAUAUCCUGGUAAAUUAUUCUAGCGUCAGUGAUUGGGUACUUUGGGAAUUAAUCAAAGUUUAGAAACAAUUCCCCAAAACCCACAAGAGCGGAUUAAAGCGGAAAUCUUUCGCAUGUCUGCAUUCCAGAAUAAUAUUUUUUCAUAAUUUCCGAAAAUGUCCGGUCUUUCAUCCUCCACAUUCAUAGUUACCUCUGUACGCAAUGUUCUGUUUUCAGUAAAUAUAUGGACAUUCUCUUCCUUUUUGGUCCAUGUAUUGGAUGUAUCUAAAAAAUAUAUCGAGACGCUUUAAUCCUCUAAAUAUCUGUAGGAGCACUAUAAAAAUGGAACCACGUGCGCAAGAAAAAUAAAUGAAUAGCGAGAUUUUUUUCAUUAUAGAAUAAGGAUAAUGAAUAGGAUUCUUCUUUAAAUAGUAAGUUGUCCUGACAAAAGGAUGUAAUCAUGUUAAAACAUAUAAACAUGUAAAAAGUUCACAGGUUAAAUAAAUACUUAAGAUUUUGUGUCAUUUAAAAGUGGUGGUGUGCGCACAUCCUGCAAGUGUUGAUCAGACGUUGAAUGACUCAUGCAUUGCAAGAAUGCUCCAUAAAACUGGAGAAAAAUGUUGGAACAAGGGGCGUGGCUUACGUUCUUCAAAGGUGCUGUCAUUCAUAGGAGCUCUAGAUUCGAGCUCAGAUGUAGAGCGACAUGCACUGGGCAACGAGACGCGAUAAAGAUCGACACACGUGUGCGCAUGGACAGCUGUCACUUCGGAACGGAGUGAUUCAGUAAUAUGCUUAUGUGAAGUUUCACUCCAAGGGCGCAAGAUUUCUCUCGUUUUUCAGGUGAAUAGUUUCUGUUUGUAUGAAGUUGAAGAUCAGCUCAGCGUUUGCGCACCUGGCCAACCCACGCCAAUGAAGUCGUGCUACUACUUGCAUUCUGAAAGGCUCUGGAGAGGAAUUAGAUUCUACUGCUUAUUGUGGAUUUAAACCCCCAUAGUGCUUGAUACGUGUAAUUUGUGUCAUUUCCCGGCUGGAUUGGUGAGCUGGACAUGGAACUGACAGGGAGAUGCGUGUUCUUCGCAGCGCUCGUGAUCAGCGUUCCUCACCCUGCGCGUUCAGGAUGCGAGAAUCGGGUGUGUAAUCCACGCAUGGGAAAUCUAGCAGUCGGUCGUCCUGUGCGGACCAUCUCACAGUGUGGCUUAAAAUCACUGGAGCGGUAUUGUCACUACACUAUGGACAGAUGUGUGCCACAUUGUGAGGUGUGUGAUGCUUCAGUGACACACCUUGCACACCCACCUGCCUCCAUGACAGACUCACCCUUCAAACACCCGCAAACCUGGUGGCAGUCUGCACAGGGCAUUACCAUAGAAACUCUACAGCUAGACCUCGAGGUAGAAUUCUAUUUCACUCACCUCAUUAUUAUAUUUCGAUCGCCACGCCCUGGUGCCAUGGCAAUAGAGCGCUCGCAGGACUUUGGACACACAUGGAGUGCUCUUAGGCUGUAUGCACACAACUGUAGUGAAGUGUUCAACCUGGAGGAUGGACAUAGGUGUACUGAGAAAUAUUCCACAGCUUUGCCUUGCAGCAAUGGAGAGGUUAUUUACCGUGCUCUGUCGCCCUGGGACAAACUGGAUCCCUACAGCAUUACUGCUCAAGCCCACCUCAGCAUCACUAACAUACGGGUUCAUCUGCUUCAACCACAAUCCUGCCCCUGCCAACAUAAAUUCCCUGAUGCCAACUUUGCCACUGCCCACUAUGCCAUCUAUGACCUAAUAUCAAAAGGAGGCUGUUUGUGCCAUGGGCAUGCAGAUCACUGCGUUCCUGCCGGUGACCAACAGAUAAAACAUCUUCCCAACAAACACAUGGUACAUGGUAAAUGUGUUUGUCGACAUCACACUGCAGGAGAUCACUGUGAAAAGUGUGAAAGGCUCUACAAUGACCAACCAUGGAAACCUGCUAAUGGUUUAACUGGACAAGCUCACCAAUGCGUUAAGUGCAAGUGUAAUGGACAUGCAGAGAGCUGUCACUUGGAUGAAACCGUAUGGUUGCGCUCUGGCCAAAGGAGUGGUGGUGUAUGUGACUGUCUUCACAAUACCAGUGGACGCCAAUGUCAACAUUGCAAGAGCGGCUUUUACAGAGACCCAGAGCGACCCCCGACUGAACCGGAUUCGUGCACAUCGUGUAUGUGUAACCGAGUUGGUUCCACAUUCUGUAACCCUGAUAAUGGAGACUGUGUCUGUAAGCCAGGCGUGGCUGGGUCACACUGUGACCAUUGCAGGAUGGGAUACUGGGGCUUUGAUGAAUAUGGCUGUAAACCCUGCCAGUGUGGAAGUAACUGUGACCCUUACACAGGAGACUGCUUGAAUAGGUCUGAAUCAGAUUUCAACAGCAGAGAAAAUAAUUUGUUUCGAAAAGAAGAGCUUUUCUCUGCCCUCAGUCAUCCAGACAAAUGCGUAUGCAAACAACAACCCCUUGGAAACAGCAAAGCAUUCUGCAACAUGAAAAAAGAUUAUGCAGUAAAGGUGCGAGUGCUGGGUGCUCACGACAAGGGCUCUCAUGCUGAGGUGGAUGUUCAGAUUCUGAAGGUGUUAUGGGAUAACAUAGGCAUCAGUCAUUCCCCUGGAAAUGUCACUCUUUACCCUGAGUCCUGGACGUUACGAGGCUGCACCUGCCCUGUACUUUACCCAGGGAUGGAAUAUCUUGUUAUUGGACAUGAGGAUGUGAAAAAACGUCGUCUAAUGGUCAAUAUGAAGAGUCUGGUGAAGCCAUGGAGACCCUGUCUGAGUCGAAAAGUCCAUCAGCUCUUCAAAACCAAAUGUAGCUAAGAGAGGGAGUCAAACAAAUGAGUCAAACAAAUGUCAAAUUUAUUUGAAUAAUUCCCACCUUUGUUUCAUGCUUAUUAAUGUUUUAAAACCAGCUGUGUGUGAAUAUACAUGUUUGUUUUAGCUGGUAGGUGAAUACAAGCACUGUACAGUAUGUAUAAUGUAUAUUUAUGUAUGUAUGUGUAUGUAUAUAAUAUAGAUAUAUAAGUUUUGUGUGGUUGUUUUCGAAACUAUUUUUAACCCUGGAUAUAGCAUGCUUUGUACAAUAAAGAACAAAAAAGUAUAA